AUUUGUUGUUUACUCCGUUUCAACUUGGCUGAACUUUUUUUAUUCGAAGUCAGUGGAUUCUGUAUGCUUUUCUCUAAAAACCAACGAAAUCAUACUUUUUGGCUGUCUUAAUCCAGUAAGGGGAGGACGGUCGAUCAAAUAAGUGUUCAACAUGGGCGCUGUAUUGGCGUUAUGCACGGCAGCACAGUGUGCAUGGUGUUGCUGUCCAGUUGCUGUUGGCUGCUGUUGUUCCUGUUGUCCCUCAUGUAAAAGUUCCACGUCAACUCGUAUCAUGUACAGCAUUUUCUUGCUUCUCGGCACUGGCGUCUCCUGUUUGAUGUUGUCAUCCAAAGUACAGCAUGCCAUGGUUGAAAAUGUACCAUUUGGGCUGUUUGACAAAGCAUGUUCUGAGGCUGGAGCAGGAAGCAACUGUGAUCAGUUGACAGGAUAUCUUGCUGUUUAUCGUGUGUGCUUUGCUAUGGCUUGUUUCUUUUUUCUGUUGAUGCUCAUUACUAUCGGUGUCAAGUCAAACAAGGACCCUAGAGGAGGAAUCCAUAAUGGAUACUGGCUGAUUAAACUGCUUGCGUUGAUUGGACUUUGUGUUGGUGCUUUUUAUAUUCCAAGAGGGGAUUUUGGAGUUGUUUGGAUGUACUUUGGGUUCAUUGGCGCAUUCAUGUUUCUAUUCAUCCAGGUUAUAUUGCUGGUAGACUUCGCUCACACAUGGAACGAGCGCUGGACAUCAAAUGCAGAGGAAUCAGACAACAAGUGCUGGUACAUUGGGCUGUUUUUCUUCAUGGCUUUGUUUUAUUGUUUGGCUCUGACUGCAUUUAUCCUUGGUUAUGUUUACUUCACUGAAGCCUCAGGAUGUCACCUCAAUAAGUUCUUCAUCAGUUUUAACCUGAUUCUGUGUGUUGUCAUCUCUGUUAUUUCUAUUCUUCCAAAAGUGCAGGAAGUUCAACCAAGGUCUGGUCUCUUACAAGCUUCAAUUAUUUCUUUAUACACUGGAUAUCUGACUGUAUCAGCACUUGCAAAUGAGCCCUUGGAACCAGUUCGUAUUGGCAAUACGACGGUGAACACCGUGUGUGGAAGUGCAAGAGGUAUAUCCAGUAUUACUGGGUCUGGAGUGACUGGAUCAGAAACGACUGUACUUGUAAUUGGACUGGUCAUUCUUUUUGUUACUGUCAUUUAUUCCAGUUUGAGGACGGGUAGUUCAGACCGAAUGAGUACAAGCACUAAAACAUCUGGUGAUGGCGAAGAAGGAACGAAGGUUACAGAUGAUGAAGAAGAUGAAGUCACUUACAGCUAUUCUUUUUUCAACUUCAUAUUCUUUUUGGCUUCACUGUUUAUUAUGAUGACGCUUACCAACUGGUACAGCCCUCAAGGCUCGACCUUGGAGAAAUUCCAGAGGAACUGGGGCUCAGUGUGGGUGAAGAUGAUUUGCACGUGGCUAUGUCACGUGAUAUACCUGUGGACGAUUGUGGCGCCGAUCUGUUUUCCAAACAGGGACUUCGGUGGUGGACCGAUAUAAAAACGUGUCCUCAUGUCCAUUGAUGUCCCCAAAUGUCCCCUUAUUUAGAUUAACGACUCCUUUAUAGACCCCUUGCAGCACGUCGGAAUGAAGCUCAAUUUGGAGGACAUAACAAUUGGUUUCUAAUUCUCAAGAAAUUCUUUUGUUUUGUCCUUCAAAUUGAGCUGCUUUGACGUGGCAUGCAAGGGAUCUAUUCACACCGGAUAAAGACUUUGUCGGUCAAAAUAUCGAUGCACUUGCUUCUAGAGUCAGUUAACUCUUUAGAAGCAUAACUGUUAAUCCACUACAUUAUUCACUCUUAACAGAAGCUUGACUUCACCUACAUUAUAUAAUACCUAGCUUUUAUGUCUUAAAAAUCACUAGUGACAUAUAGAGGCUUUAGUUAGACAUAUUUGUGACAAUGUUUCASUAGACAACAUGUUUAAAAACACUGUAAUAUUUGUACUGCAACAGUACUGAAACCUUUUCCAAUCGCGAUUAAGGAAUUGCAUGGAGAGACUGGAAUAAACUGGAAAGUCCGACUCGUCAGGCGUGCUGGAAGUCCAGAGUAUCUUGAA